UAUAUAUAUCUACGAAUUCCGCAGGCCACAGCCUACAUCGCAAUAUUCACUGUGCUGUGUAUCCCGUCCACGCCAUAUUCUUGUCACCUCUGAACGACACUGUAGGCUACCUUUCUGCACCUAGAAAGACUUCCGCCACAUUGCAUAUCGGACAUCUGUGUUUGCGAAAGUAACUGUUAGCUAGUUAUAGAAAGGUGGGUUAGAUAUACUUGUCAUUUGUUUACACUUUCCUCGAGUAUUCGAGCAGUGGGGUAUAGCCAUGUUGCGACUCCUAAGACACCAGGCUAGAGGGACGAGGAGCUGCCUCUGUGGCCAGCGGCGCUAUGAGCAUCACAAGAGCGUCAUGGCCAUCCGGCGUGAGGACAUCAACGUGUGGGAGAGACGGGCGCCCCUGGCUCCGCGCCACGUUAAAGAGAUCGUCCAUGCUGGCCACAAGGUCCUCGUCCAGCCUUCCAACCGAAGAGCCAUCCACGAGAAUUAUUAUGAGAAAGCGGGGGCCAUCAUUUCCGAGGACAUUUCCGAGGCCUCGUUGAUCAUUGGCGUCAAGAGGCCUCCGGAGGAGAAACUUUAUCCCAGAAAGACCUACGCCUUCUUCUCUCACACCAUCAAAGCACAGGCAGCUAACAUGGGACUACUGGAUGACCUGAUCAAAAAGGAAGUGCGUCUCAUCGACUACGAGAAGAUGGUCGACGCCAAUGGCUUCCGUAUCGUGGCAUUCGGACAGUGGGCUGGCGUUGCAGGAAUGAUCAAUAUUUUGCAUGGUUUGGGACUUCGUUUUCUGGCGUUGGGACACCACACUCCUUUUAUGCACAUCGGUAUGGCCCACAACUACAGGAAUGUCAGCCAGGCCAUCCAAGCAGUGAGGGAUUGUGGGUACGAGAUCUCCAUGGGCCUCAUGCCCAAGUCCAUCGGCCCAGUGACGUUUGUCUUCACCGGCACAGGCAACGUCUCCAAGGGUGCACAAGAUAUCAUCAAUGAGCUUCCUGUAGAAUACGUGGAGCCUCAUGAGCUAAAAGACGUGUCUCAAACUGGAGACAUGUCCAGAGUGUACGCCACCGUUCUGAGUCGUCACCACCACCUGAUGAGGAAGAGUGACGGUGUUUAUGACCCCCUGGAGUACGAGUAUCACCCGGAACUGUACACAUCGCACUUCAGAACCAGCGUGGCGCCCUACACCACGUGCCUGAUCAAUGGCAUCUACUGGGACCCCCAGACACCGCGGCUCCUCAGGCGGCUGGACGCCCAGAGGCUCCUGAGGCACGUCAAGCCCUCCGCUGCCGCUACGGAGGGAUGGCCAGAGCUACCACACAAGCUCCUGGCGAUCUGUGACAUAUCUGCCGACAUGGGCGGCUCUAUUGAGUUCAUGACUGAGUGCACCACCAUCGAUAAGCCCUUCUGUAUGUAUGAUGCGGACCAGCACAUAGACCACGACAGUGUGGAGGGCACAGGUAUCCUCAUGUGUUCUAUUGAUAACCUUCCUGCCCAGCUCCCCAUUGAAGCCACGGAGUAUUUUGGAGACCGCCUCUUUCCCUACAUUUGGGAGAUGCUGCCCUCCGAUGCCACCAGACCCCUUGAAGAAGAGGACUUCUCACCUCAAGUUAGGGACGCUGUGAUAACGUCGGAAGGAAAGCUUACCCCAAAGUUUGAAUACAUUGAAGAACUUCGUGAACGAAGUGAGCAAGCCAAGAUCAUGAAGAGGAGUGGAAUGAAGCGAGUGCUUCUACUGGGCUCAGGUUACGUGUCGGGCCCUGUCAUUGAGUACCUCACCCGGGACCCAGGGACUCAAAUCACUGUUGCAUCAGUGUUGUUGACCCAGGCAGAGGAGCUGGCAGGGAAAUACCCCAACACGAUCCCUGUCAUGCUGGAUGUUACCAGUCAGGAGGGCCAUCUGGAGUCCCUGGUCAAAGACCAUGACCUAGUCAUUAGUAUGCUACCGUACGGGUAUCAUCCUGUGAUCGCCAAACACUGCAUCAACAAGAAGGUAAACAUGGUGACAGCCAGCUACCUGAGUCCAGCCAUGAAGGAACUCCAACAGAGUGCUGAGGAAGCUGGCAUCACCAUAGUGAAUGAGAUGGGCCUGGACCCUGGCAUCGACCAUAUGCUGGCUAUGGAGUGCAUCGACCAAGCCAAGGCGGACGGCUGCACUAUUGAGUCAUACAGUUCAUUCUGUGGUGGACUCCCUGCACCAGAAUGCUCAGACAAUCCUCUGCGCUACAAAUUCAGCUGGAGUCCAUAUGGAGUCCUCCUCAAUACCAUCAGCCCUGCCAUCUUCCUCAAGGACAACAAGGUGGUGAGCAUCCCAGCGGGCGGCACUCUGAUGGAAUCCACGGCUCCCAUGGACUUCCUGCCCGGCUUUAACCUGGAGGGCUUCCCCAACCGUGACAGCACCAAAUACUCUGAACAGUACGGCAUCGAGUCAGCCCACACACUCAUCAGAGGAACACUCCGCUUCAAGGGUUUCUCCGAAGCCAUGAGUGGCUUUGUGAAGCUGGGUCUGAUCAACACUGACCCCUGCCCCAUGCUGAAGCACACCUCCGCUCCUGUCUCCUGGAAAGAGCUGCUGUGUAACCAGAUUGGCCUGCCCCCCUCCACCUCUGAGAAGGCCUUCGAGGGAGCUGUUUACGACCGCAUCGGCCAAGACCCCUUCAAAAUGGAGACACUCAAAUGGUUUGGGAUGCUGAGUAAGGAGGCUGUUCCCCAUGCAGAGACUGUACUGGCUUCACUGGCUAAGCACCUGGAGGCCAGGCUCUCCUUUGAUAAAGGAGAGCGGGACCUGAUUAUCAUGAGGAACGACGUGGGCCUGCGCCACUCCACAGGCGAGCUGGAGACCAAGCACAUCAGCCUGGUGGUCUACGGAGACGCCAACGGCUACUCUGCCAUGGCCAAGACCGUGGGCUACCCUGCAGCCAUCGCUGCUCGCAUGGUGCUGGACGGAGAAAUCCGUACGAAGGGACUGGUGGUGCCAAUGACUAAGGACAUCUAUGGACCGGCACUGAAGAGACUGCAGGAGGAGGGCCUCAAGUUCACCUCGAAAAGCACCAUCCAAGAGCAGUAACGCAUGAGUCAUCGGCAGUGUCCCAAUAGUGUUACUGAUCCAAAAAAAGACCCCACAUUUUUUAUUCUUCAUUUCAAUUCUUUCAGAACAGUGCAGAUAAAGGGAAGGAGAUGAGGAAAGGAAGCUAUUUUAGUCGUAACGCGACACCAUGUGAUAGACAGGAAAUACAGCCGAUCAGUGGCUGGGUACCAGGCCACAGAGAAACGGGACGCAUCUCAAUAGUCUCAAGUUACUUUCUCCAUUUAUCUCCUGUCCUUCAUCUGUGCUGAUCUGAGAAGGCAGGGUGGGGGAAGGCAAUAUGGUAGAAAUCCUCAGGAGGACAGGAUAUGAGGGGAAGCAAGUUUUGGCUAUUGAGAUGCACCCUGACUUCUGAAAAAAGCAAUCUACUUUGUGUCAACAUGUCAAAUAGAACCAUUACGUUGUAUGUGAACAGUUUCCAAGCACUUUGCUUCUUUUUAUUUAAGGCUGUACAAUUCUUUACCUGGAGAACUACAACUCCCUGAGUGUCGUUAUAACAUGACGUAACGAUCCUAUAAUCUGCACAGACCUUCUAAGCUAAAGCGCCUCGUCUUUCCUUGACCAUAAUGUAUGCUUGUCCUGAUGUUGAUCAGCUGCUGCACAGUUCUGCUUAUCUUUACAUAUUGAUUUGGUUAUCUGAUCAUUGUUGAUAACACUCAGACAAUCAAGAUACUAGAACUAUCAGGAGUGAACGUGUACAGUGCCUGCUCAAAGAAAGACCAGUGAAUAAGUUGCGAGUGAACAGCACUAAUAUAAUACCGUAGCCUGGACAGCUUGCUCAUAAGAACAAGUAGUUGUAACUCACCAAGAGCCUCUGAAAAUUUUUUAACUGUAUGUUUUACUUUUUUACACAGUGACCCGCAUCACCGGUCAACCAUAGCUCAUACAAAAACCUACCAUGUCUCAUUUUCGGGCAAUAGUUUUAAAUCAAUCUACUGUAUUUGUGUACAAUUCAUUCUAAAUAGUGUGCAGAUAUAUUUAAGCGCAAAACAGAUUUAUGUUGAAUACUAUUUUAAAGAAACCAAACUAAAUGACUUGAAACACUAUUUGUUGAGUAAAGUAUCCAAGUGUAUUUAUUUUCUGGAUUGGAUAUAAAUGGUCUCCAGUCCUGCAACAUAUUGUUUCUGUGUAAUUACAUGGUUGAAAUGUAAGAUUGAUGUCUAUUUGUUAUCAAUGCCUAUUUAAGCAAAUAGAUUAGAAUGGUCAAUAUAAUCUAUCAUUCUAUUGAUAUAGAUAUACACGUGUACCUAAUAAACUGGCCAAUAUCUUCAA